AUGAGUGACGGAGCAGGGGCUACGGCACCCAAGCCGAGCAGCAGUGUCAAGUUGGUUCUGCUCGGUGAAGCUGCAGUCGGAAAGUCCUCGCUCGUUCUGCGCUUCGUCAACAACGACUUUCAACCUAACAAGGAACCCACGAUUGGCGCUGCUUUCCUCACACAAAAAUGUCAACUACCGAACCGGACGAUCAAGUUUGAGAUAUGGGAUACCGCCGGUCAGGAACGAUUCGCCAGCCUCGCGCCCAUGUAUUACCGCAACGCCCAAUCUGCCCUCGUCGUCUACGAUGUCACCAAGCCAUCGAGUCUAGUCAAAGCGAAACACUGGGUCGCCGAACUGCAGCGACAAGCUUCGCCGGGGAUUGUCAUUGCUCUGGUUGGCAACAAGCUUGAUCUCUGCGAAGAUGACAAUACGGAGAGUGAGCAGGCAGAUGCUGAGAACGAGACAGAGGAAGAGCCGAGCACAGCACGGAAGGUCAGCACCAAAGAAGCAAAGUCAUACGCCGAUGAGGAGAACCUGCUCUUCUUCGAGACCAGCGCGAAGACUGGCCAUAACGUGAGCGAGGUCUUCACCGCUAUCGCCAAUGCUAUCCCCGAGACAAGCUUGAAAGGUCCACGGAGUGGCGCCAGUGGAGGCACGCAAGCUGCCAUCAGUGCUGGCCAGGAUAAUAACAGAGUGAACCUGAAUGCACGGGGUGAUGCUGGACCUAAAGAGGGCUGCGCGUGUUGA